AUGAACCGUCUUGUUUCCCUCUGUAUCUUGUGUUUGGCUGUCCACCGGACAGCUGCUGAUACCAGCACUAUAUCAUUUCAUGAUGCCGACACCACGGACAGUUAUGAAGUGAAUUCGUAUUCGAAAAUUCCACUGGAUGCUGAUUGUGAAACAACCGACAAGAAUUGUUUCCAGAAAUGCAAUUCAAGGUCUUGUCGGUUUAGGGUGAAAUGGAAAAGGACGGGGGACUCUGUGGAAUUUGAUGUUCUCCAGGACGUUAGCUAUCUCGAGCCUUUUAGUAUGUGGAUCGCCAUUGGGUUUUCAAAGAACAAAGAAAUGUCGGGGACAAGUGUUGUGAUGUGCAAGUAUUACGACUUCCCUAUACUUGUUGAGAUUGGACACAACCAAGGUCACCGCUACGAAUCAUUAAGAAACGCAGCACAUGCACUAAAUGAUGUUAGUGCUAAAGUUGACAAUGGCAUUUUCAGUUGUCAUUUUCAACGUCUCAUCAAUGUUGAAAAUCGUUACGUUUCCUCAUUCUCAGACCCGUAUUACCUGUUGGUUGGGCAGGGUAACCUCAAUUUAAUAUCAGGAAUUCCUCAACAGCACUUUAACGACCCUACAUGUACUGACAGCAAAAUAAACUUUACCCGCAGUCAUGAUUACCCAGUGACUACCUCUAUUCCCGAUCUCCCCAUAUUGCCUGCACGAUUCAACCCUGAUCCGGAGUGUGGAGUGACAAAGAAUUGUUUCCGUGACUGUAACAGCACAGAUACGUGUUCGUUUCAAGUCAUAUGGAAAGAAGAUGGAGAUUUCAUAGACUUUACAAUGUCACAGAUAGUUAGUGCUGCAGACAAUUACUGGGUAGCUCUUGGUAUAUCGGAUGAUACUAACAUGGAAAAUACUAGUGUAAUUAUGUGUAAGGACACGAAUGGGAACAUCAUUGUGGAGCUCGGCUACAACCCUGGACAUACGUAUCAAACUCUUGCUACGAAUACCAGCGACCUUGUAAAUACCAGCGGUUCACUUGAAGAUGGAGUCUUCACAUGCAGGUUUCAACGAAGAAAGAUUAUCACAGACUUUAAUAACACUUUUCCGCUGACAUCAAAACAUUUUAUCAUGGUUGCCUAUGGUCAAAUGCAGUCAGGUGUCCCUGUGCAGCACACCAAUAUCCCUAUAGUCAGUCCUGAGAAAGAAGACUUCAUCCACUUCGGUCCAGAAAUUACAACGGUAAAUCCAGGGGAGAUAACCACUCAGCCAGUGACGGUCAUCCCUUACUCAGACUGUGGAGUCACAAAAGGAUGCUUCUUUGACUGUGUCAGUAAUGACAGCUGUACGUUCCAAGUGACCUGGCAGGAAACUGGAGAUUUCAUAGACUUUACAAUGUCACAGAAUAUUAGUGAUGUAGACAACAUUUGGAUAGCUCUCGGUAUAUCGGAUGAUACCAAAAUGAAAGACACCAGUGUCGUGAUGUGUAAGAUGACAAAUGGCAGUAUCUCAGUGGAACUUGGCUACAAUCCUGGUUAUUCGUACAACAAGAUAACAACGAACACCAGCGACCUGAUACAUACUGGGGGAUCAGCGGUAGACGGAGUCUUCACGUGUAAUUUCCAACGCAGAAAGGCAAUCACCGACUUCAACAAUACAUUCUCAUUAACCGAAAAGCGUUACCUUAUUGUAGCUAAUGGCAUUUUAUCAUCCGGUGUCCCUGUGCAGCACACCAAUACCCCUGUAGUCAGUCCUGAGAAAGAGGACUUCAUUCACAUCAGUCCGGAAAUCACGACAGUAAAUCCAGGGGAGAUAACCACUCAGCCUAGUCCAAUUAUUCCAUACUCAGACUGUGGAGUCACAAAAGGAUGCUUCUUUGACUGUGUCAGCAAUGAAAGCUGUACGUUCCAAGUAACCUGGCAGGAAACUGGAGAUUUCAUAGACUUUACAAUGUCACAGAAUAUUAGUGAUGUAGACAAUAUAUGGAUAGCUCUCGGUAUAUCGGAUGAUACCAAAAUGAAAGACACCAGUGUCGUUAUGUGUAAGAUGACAAAUGGCAGUAUCUCAGUGGAACUUGGCUACAAUCCUGGCUAUUCGUACAACAAGAUAACAACGAACACCAGCGACCUGAUACAUACUGGGGGAUCAGCGGUAGACGGAGUCUUCACGUGUAAUUUCCAACGCAGAAAGGCAAUCACCGACUUCAACAAUACAUUCUCAUUAACCGAAAAGCGUUACCUUAUUGUAGCUAAUGGCAUUUUAUCAUCCGGUGUCCCUGUGCAGCACACCAAUACCCCUGUAGUCAGUCCUGAGAAAGAGGACUUCAUUCACAUCAGUCCGGAAAUCACGACAGUAAAUCCAGGGGAGAUAACCACUCAGCCUAGUCCAAUUAUCCCCUCCUCAGACUGUGGAGUCACAAAAGGAUGCUUCUUUGACUGUGUCAGCAAUGACAGCUGUACGUUCCAAGUGACCUGGCAGGAAACUGGAGAUUUCAUAGACUUUACAAUGUCACAGAAUAUUAGUGAUGUAGACAAUAUAUGGAUAGCUCUCGGUAUAUCGGAUGAUACCAAAAUGAAAGACACCAGUGUCGUUAUGUGUAAGAUGACAAAUGGCAGUAUCUCAGUGGAACUUGGCUACAAUCCUGGUUAUUCGUACAACAAGAUAACAACGAACACCAGCGACCUGAUACAUACUGGGGGAUCAGCGGUAGACGGAGUCUUCACGUGUAAUUUCCAACGCAGAAAGGCAAUCACCGACUUCAACAAUACAUUCUCAUUAACCGAAAAGCGUUACCUUAUUGUAGCUAAUGGCAUUUUAUCAUCCGGUGUCCCUGUGCAGCACACCAAUACCCCUGUAGUCAGUCCUGAGAAAGAGGACUUCAUUCACAUCAGUCCGGAAAUCACGACAGUAAAUCCAGGAGAGAUAACCACCCAGCCGGGCCCUCUCAACCCCGAUUGCGGAGUUACCAAAGGAUGCUUUUAUAAUUGUGUCAGUAAGGACAGCUGUGCGUUCCAAGUGACCUGGCAGGAGGAUGGAGAUUUCAUAGACUUUACAAUGUCACAGAAUAUUAGUGAUGUAGACAACACAUGGAUAGCUCUCGGUAUAUCGGAUGAUACCCAAAUGAAAGAUACCAGUGUCAUAAUGUGUAAGAUGGACAAUGGUAACUUUUCAGUAGAGCUCGGCUACAAUCCCGAUAACUAUUACAACACUGUAGCCACGAACACAAGCGACCUUAUACAUACUGGCGGAUCAUAUGAAAAUGGCAUGUUCACAUGUAAUUUCCAACGCCGAAUUACUAUCACCGACUUUAAUAAUACGUUCUCAUUGACCGAGAAACACUACCUGAUUGUAGCUAAUGGACUUUUAGCAUCUGGCAUUCCCCAGCAGCAUACAUCUAUACCCGUAGUAAGCCGUACUAAAGAGGAUUUUAUAAAUAUCGUCCCUGAUACUACUCCGGUAAACCCAGGGGAGUUAACCACCCAGAGUGGGACGUCCAUAGUGAAGGACCCACAGUGUGGUAAAACUAAAGGCUGCUUUUCGGACUGUAAUAGUCAGGGACAGUCUUGUACGUGUUUGGUCACGUGGCAAAACGAGCCCAAAACCAAAACCAUACGAUUUGAAAUCGAAUCUGUUGUAACUCCUGGCGUGGAUGACUGGGUGGCAAUUGCGUUAUCACCGAAUGCAAAAAUGGCAAAGUCUAGUGUUAUGAUGUGUAUAGAGAAGAAUAACGUCGUUACUACAGAACUUGGAUACAAUACGAAAGAUCCAAACUACGUACCGCUCACUAACAAAACAGAGUACCUAUCGGAUAUGAGUGGCUCUCUGGACGGUAACAUAAUGAGAUGUACAUUUCAAAGGGCAAAUCGUCCCACAGACACCUUUAAUGCUGACAGCAGUAAGAUAUUCGACCUCGAUGAACAAUGGUACCUUCUUUUUGCUCACGGGUUAGCGCCAUCAGGAAUUCCCGAAAGACACAAAAGCAAACCACUCACCAGUAACGGGAAGAUAGAUUUCCUUAAGACUGGAGAUACUGGCAUUGGAAAACAGAAAUCUGGACUAGUUAAGUUACAUGGGUUCCUUAUGAUUCUGGCUUGGUUGAUAUUAUCCACUUCCGGUAUGUUAAUUGCUAGGUAUUUCAAGCCCAUUCUUCACAAGAAAGUCAUGGGAAAGCAUCUAUGGUUUCAGAUUCACAGAUCAUUAAUGUACACUGUGGUUAUACUAACACUGAUAGCUCUCAUCGUUAUUUUCGUCGAAGUAGGAGGAUUUAGUAAGAUUAGUGUUCCAGACGACAUUGCAUAUGUCAAGCUCCAUCCGGUACUCGGUCUUAUUGUCGUGGGAUUGAUGCUUCUUAACCCAACAUUGGCAUUUUUCCGAUGUGACCAUGAUCAUCCUCGCCGUCCAGUGUUUAACUGGUUACAUUGGGGCGUGGCAUUUGUUGUGCAAUUUAUCGCAGGUUUUAAUAUUAGCUUCGGGUUUCACCUGGACAAAGUCAACAUGCCAGUUAAUCACUCUCUGAUCGUAAUGUAUCUGUUCACGGGGACGUUUAUUGGCAUGUACAUCGUUUUUGAGGUCACCAAAUGCAUUAUGAAGCGAAACAAACGUAACAAACCAAUGACCAGCAGUGAAAUAGACGAAUCUUCUGAGGAUGUCAAUUUAGUCAAUGAUGAGGAACCAUUUCAGCAAAGGUGGACCAGUUUCAAGAUUUUCCUCGGAGUUCACAUUGUUGCUAUGCUCUGCUACGGUAUCACCCUAAUGGCGUUUCUGUUGAAUGGGUAA